UCCGCAGAUGCUGAGGCUGCACCUGCCCGACCCGCCGACGGACAGCGAGGAGGAGGAGGAGGACGUAGCGGAAGGCGCCGCGGCUCAGAGCAGCCGCAGCUCCAUCCCCAUGGAUGCAGAGCAUGUCGAGCUGGUGAAGAGGACAAUGGCCAGCGUGAAGCUGCCUACCCUGGGCAUCCCUGCCUGGGCCAGCCAGAUCUCGGAGGAGCAGUGGAAGGACGUGGUGCAGCGCACACUGCAGGCCCGGCAGAGCCUCGGUGGUCCCCGGCCCGAGUGGAAGUGAGAGCUGAGCUGCAGCACAGGAGCUGCAAACCCCAGCCCUCCCUCCACCCUGCAGGCACCCGCUGCCUCCAAGCCAGGUGCUGACAGGACUUGCCAGUAUCGACCUUCCAGUUUCUCCCACUGACAUUGUCUGAUUUACCUUCCCACUCCUCUUUCCUGGUUCUGGCUGGUGCAUAAGUCAAUGUGAUGUCCUUGUGUUGGCUUCCUCUGCCUCUGAGGAGCCCGACUGGUUUCCAUACCUGUGUGCAUGUGGGGCGAGGGGACUUAGCUGGCUUUGCCCAGAUUCCCUCAGGACAAACACUGGACUUGUCCCUGUGCUGACAGUACCUGAGAAGUCCCUCUCCAGACUUGGGCCCCUUCUCCCAGGACAGGGCCUGUGUUGGAAUAUCAGAGGCAGAGCCAGAUGUGUCAUUCCAAGAGAUUGGUUUUAUUUAGUUCUGUACAUACAGGGACAUCUGUACAAAAUCCAACACUUUCAUACUAUGUAAUGCUCUACUGAAAAUAAAGUACACCAUAUGUACAUAUGAACUGUAA